CGUCUUUAUUAAUUCCCCACCUGCCUGCCGAGGGGCAGGCACAAAGUUUCAUUCUGUUCCCAUCUUGCCGGUCGCGCCCAAGAAAUGCCGCCAAAGAAGGGAGGAGCCGUGGAUAAGGCAAAGGCAGCUGCCAAGCAAAAAGCUGCCGAAGACAAGACGUUUGGCCUUAAGAACAAGAACAAGUCGGCGAAGGUUCAGAAGUUUGUACAGAAUGUCAAACAGAAUGCCACGCAGGGCCUGGCGAAUUAUAAGCCGGUGGAGGUUAAGAAGAAAGAGAAGAAGCCUGAAGACGAGGUGGGGAACAUCUUUGCCGUGGCGAUUAAGCAGCCCAAAGUACCCGAGGGUGUCGAUCCCAAGUCGGUUGUGUGCGAGUUCUUUCGCCACAACCAGUGUACUAAGGGCAAUAAAUGCAAGUUUAGUCAUGACCUGUCAGUGGAGCGCAAAGGGCCUAAGAUCUCGCUGUACACGGAUCAGCGUGACGUUGGCAAGGGGCCAGGCGACGACGAGCAAGAGGGCAAGGAGGGCAUGGACGACUGGGACCAGGCCACCCUUGAGGCGGCUGUGAAGCAGAAGCACGCCAACGAGAACAAGCCCACUGAGAUUAUUUGCAAGUUCUUCUUGGACGCAGUUGAGAGGAAGCUCUACGGCUGGUUCUGGAAGUGCCCCAAUGGCGAUGACUGCAAGUACCGUCACGCGCUACCGGCGGGGUACCUGCUCAAGAGCCAAAUGAAGGAGUUGUUGGAAGAGGAAGCUCGCAAUGCCAAGGACAUCGCCGAGAGCAUAGAGGAGGAGAGAGCAAAGGUGGAGGCCCGGACGCCAGUGACGGAAGAGACGUUCCGCGCGUGGCACCGUGCGAAACGUGAUGCUAGGGCAGCCAAGAGAGCAGCGGAAGAGGAGGAGCGGCGCCGCAAAGGCAUCCUCAACGGCCGCGAAAUCUUCAUGCAGGAGGGCUUCGUGGCCGCGGACGAUGCGUCCGCAGCUGACGACUACGCUCGAGAGGAGGACGAGGAGAACGCAAUUAAGGACAUGCUUGUGCGAGCCCAGGCGGCCGCGGAGGCAGCGCGACAAGCUGUCACAGAGAUGGGGCCGACACCCGGAGGAGGAGGCAGCUGCGGAGGGCAUGUGCACGGGCCCAUCCGGGAGCGGCGCGGGUCCGUCCGGGUCACAAGGGACGGGUCCUUCCACGCACCUCAACCUAGACGAUGGUGAGGCGGAGGCGUUAUUCGAGGGCGACGAUGACGAGGAGGUUAUGGACGACGAUGACGAGGAGGUUAUGGACGACGAUGACGAGGAGGAAGACGAUGAUGGAGACUUAGAUGAACUGGAGGCACACGUGAAGGGAUUGCAUGUUGAAGGCGGUGCAGCAGCUGGAGGGCAAGAUGGCUGAGGGUACGUGAUGUCACUGCUAGAAGGGUUUGGAGUUUUGAAUUGGGGCCGUGCUCACGGGCCGGCCGGGGCAGGUGCUCACUUUUAGGCAGGUUGGGAGGUCGCGAGGUUAAGAACGGCAUGUAAGGGGACGACGGGAAGGCCGGUUUGGCAGUGGCUUUAGGUUGUUGACUGGACGUAUUUGUUGGGCAGGACAUUGUUUGGCCCGGUACUGUUCCGUCCGACUUUGGAAUGCCACGUACAAUUUUGGGAUUUUUGCUUUUGAUGCAGCGUGGAAGUGGCGAGAUCGCAACUGUUGUCUACGUAUCCAUCGUCAUCAAUACAAUCUGCCAGGCGGGGCGGCCCAUCCUCUUUCAAUAAAGCAUAGCGACGUUUGGGUUAUACAUUAGCUAUUUUGCAGCUGGAACUGGAGGUAACUGGAAAGUGCGAAUGUCACAGCUGUAUAUGGAAACAAGAACUACCAU